GAUCUUGAUAUUAUUCAAGUUCGCGAAACGUGUUUCGACGCGCGAGAUUUUUCGAAUUUUCUUUUCUCAACAUGAAAGAUUCGCAUAAUUAAAUCUUUCUAAAAGUAAACUUUGAUCUUGUUAUUAAAAUAUUUUUCUUUAUUUUCAGAAACGGUGGGCUUCUAUGUAGAAGUUGUGGCGUUUUCCUAACCUAAUCCUAACCUAAAAACUUCGGUGGUAAAAAUAUCGGAGUUGUCUUUAGGCUACUUGCGUAAAAAAAAAAAAAAAACUUUUAAAUUGGAGGCACUUAAAUGAUUAAGUGAUUAGAAAGAAAAACGACCGACUGUACGUGUAUAUGCGACAAAUUGUGGAAAAGAUGAUAGACCCGACCAACAAGAAGUUACUUUACAACACUGUGCUGUCACAGACAUUUUCACCCGACGGAAAUUAUCUUCUGGCUGGCAAUAUUUAUGGGGACGUCUCAGUAUUUGACCUGUCAAAGGCCUUAGGACCCAACAAGGUGGAGGAGAAUGAGUUACAAGGACCUAGUUAUCGCUUUGCCGCGCAUUCUGAUCAAGAAGUCGCAUGCAUGCUCUCUGUGGAGAAUUUUCUUGUGACCGGAACACGUGGUGAAAUAUCAGGAUGGGACUGGAAAGUGGUUACGUCGAAUAAAGCUCCCAAAAGUAAAAUGGCUUGGAAUAUACAAAUUCCUGCUAAUAAAGACAGUUAUGAUAAGCCAGACAUAAAUUAUAUGGUGCAUUCAAAAGUGAAUAAUUUAUUAUACGUUGGCUGUGGUGAUAAUAACAUUUAUGUUAUAAACUUAGAGGACAGAAAGAUUCUGAGAAGCAUGCAGGGCCACACUGAUUACAUACAUUGCCUUGCCAUAAUGGAUAAUCAGCUUGCCUCCUGUAGUGAGGACGGUUCUGUGAGAUUAUGGGAUUUGCGCAAAAAAGAGAACACUAACAUAUUAACGCCCCAUUUAGUAGACAAAGUUGCUCGACCACGAUUCGGAAAGUGGAUUGGCGCUGUUGAUUUCACCGAAGACUGGUUGCUAUGUGGUGGUGGACCUAGUUUAUCAUUGUGGCACAUGCGAACAAUGGAGGUAGCGACAAUUUUCGAUCUGGCCGAUCAAGGGAUCCAUGUAGCAGAGAUCUAUGAGGAACGCGUGAUUGCUGGAGGCUCGACCGACCAUGUUCAUCACAUGACGUAUCAAGGUGAGGUUCUAGCCAAAGUUCCCACAUCGAAUCUCACCGUAUACAGCGUGGUACACCAGGAAACGCCACACAAGGUGCUCAGUGUGGCCGGCUCCUCAAACUGCAUCGACAUCAGUACAAACUUCAAUUACCGCGAAAUGACGCUCAAGUUUGCAUAAUAAUUAUUAAAAUAAUUUGUUAUUACAAAAUGGGAAUUUAAUUUUCCCAUAAAAAUUUUUAUCCUUUUUCAAAUUUGAACGGAUGAAAUGGAUAUAAUUAAUUUGCCAGAUUCCGAUUUUUUAAAUAAAUAUAUUAAUUAAGUGUACAGUUUUUUUAUACGAUACAAUUCUUCUUUUGUACAAAUAUACAAGCAAUAUUUGCGCGAUGAAAUACAGAGAUACAUAUGCAUUUGUCCUUAUAAUUGCACUUUUCACAUUGCCUUUUUCCUUCUACUUAUACAUAUAAAUAAGGAUGAAUAAAAAUAAAGAAUUAAAAAUUAUAAUAAAAAAUAAUAGAAAUAAUUAAUAUAAGUCUUAUAUAUUACGUAUCCAUUUUGCGCUUACUACAUAACUACAUGACAAAUAUGAAAGAGAGUAACACAAAAGUGGUUAAAACAGCCAAUGUUCACAUACUCUUUUUUUCCAUUAUUUAUCCAUUAUUU